AUGGCGGCGGUUGUUGGCGAUGAAGGGCCGGAGGCAGACUGGUUAGGUAGCGAGAGCGAUUUGAUUGCUUUCUGUCGUUUGUUGUAUCGGGAAAGGACUAUGCCCUGGGAAAUCUGCAUCACUCUGUAUCCAGCAACUGCUGAGGACCAGGACUCACAGUAUGUCUGCUUCACUCUUCUUGUUUCUGUAUCACUUAGUGGUCCCAAUGAAGUGCCAAAGAUAGACAUCCUGAAUCCUCGAGGGUUAUCAGAUGAGCAGAUCCAGAAGAUUUCUCAGACCCUGCAACAUCUUGCUGAGGAACAGCUGGGCACAGCUAUUCUCUAUGAGCUAAUAGAGAAGGGAAAGGAAAUCCUCACAGACAACAACAUCCCUCAUGGACAGUGUGUGAUUUGCCUGUAUGGCUUUAAGGAGAACGAAGCUUUCACUAAGACUCCAUGUUACCACUACUUCCACUCACAUUGCCUUGCCAGCUACGCAGUACAUAUGGAAGAGGAGAUCCGUGCACAGAGGAACGAGAGAGAGCAGACUUUGACAUCUUUACCAAAAGAGGAAGUUGAAGUGCAGUGCCCUGUGUGCCGGGAGCCUCUGGUGUAUGACCUUGCAACACUACAAGCAGCAGCACCACCUCAGCAGCCAAUGGAGGUAUACUGUCCUGAUGCAAAAACACUUCAGCACAGAGAACAACUGCGCCUCAUCUACCAGAAACAGCAGGAGAAAGGUGGCAUCAUUGACCCUGAAGCAGAGAGAAACCGCUAUUUUAUCAGCCUGCAAAAGCCCCUAGCUGCUAUUGAACAUGAACAUGCAGCCAUCUCAGAAGUUGUCACAAGUGCUGAGAAGCAGCUGGCCCCACUAGCAGCCUCCGAACAUACUCUGGGAACCGCAAAGGUUGUGCCAGCAAGGAAUGAAUCUGAAAAAUCAGUGAGACAAUGUUUCCCUUCGCAUCCCCACAGCAAGAGAGAGAAGAUUCGAGGGGAGAGACCAUUCUUCCGAGGCCCAGACCAGCAACUGCACCACAACCCUUUGGAGGCAGCGUCAGAAACUUGCUAUCUUUUCACUGUUGAGGGAGAAUCCAAAGCUUUUGGUUGGCGAUCCCACUGUAAGAAGGAAAGAGAAAAAUGCGGAAGGUACAAUCAAAGCCUUCUGAAACCUUGUACCAGAGAACAAACAUCUGCAUGCACUGAUGAAAAAGAGCGAUGUGCCAGAGGCACCUCGCCAGUCAAAGAGGAAACUAAAGAGGAGAAAACUAGCGUGCAGAGAUGGACAUCAAAGAAGGAACCUGAAACCCAAGCCAGUGAGGAGGAUAGCCUAGAGACUAGCCACCAUGACCUGAAGAGACCCACCAGGUGGCUGGGUCAGCAUGCAGUGCAUGAUUGCAGGCAGUGGGGAAAACCCAAAGGAAGAGAACACGGGUCUUAUUCUAGAAUGCCAAGAGGUUGUGGGUGGAUGAAACCCAAACUGAGUGGAGAACCACAGGUCCGGCAGACCAAAGGAGGCUCCUAGCAGGGCUGAUGCUUGCAGAGCUCUAGAGGAGAAGAUUGCUGUUGUGUUGUCACCUACUAGCCUCUGCGGGGAGAAAAAGCACAGCUGCCUUGGAAUUCUCUGAUUCAUGGGUUGUCUUCAUUUUGUGGAGUAACUGAGCUUUUCUGAGAUCAUGAUGCUAUCCAGGGAUUGUGGUAAAGCAUGAAUAUGAACAAUAAAUGGUCACUAAAUCCUGGUUUUAAUGGGUAAAUUGUAGAGGCCUUAGCAGAUCAGCUGUGAUGCAGUGGUCUUGGUGGAUUGAGAGGAGUAUAAAUUCCUUGGCAUGACAUUUAAAAGUGUAGUUUUCAGCUCUGUCCUGUUUGCUAUUUAAAAACAAUUUUAUUAUAAAUAGCUCUCUUUACAGAUGAGCUGUAAUGUAGCAAAGGAUGGACUGCAUCAGAGACAUUCACAAGUGUUGCUGCACUUCUGUGUAUUAACAGUUAUUGAUUGGUACUUGACGUGGUGGGAUGAUGGCACUGGUGUCUCUGAAAGGGGAGGGUUUGAGGCUUGGCAGCCUAUUAAAAUUCAGGUUCUGUUAAGUGUACUGUGAAACAGAAGGGUCUUUGUUCAGGUUCAGAAAGCUGUGAACAGACUGCUGAACGCUGAGUCCUCUGUUGGCUCAUAGUAAUGAAUUGGAACUCAGUGACAAAUGGCUUUGAAUAGCCAAAGGGCCUUUGUCUCUCAGGCAAAAGCCAGGUCCAAGCUACCCAGUAUCUUAGAAACUGUAUUUGGGGCAGGUUCUUUGCACCAAGCCUUUCAGUUUUACCUACCAACAUACUGAGCUGCCAAAAAAAAGAAGCCGAAGAGACAGAAAUGAGGCUUCACUGAUCACCCCAAAUGUGAUUGACAUCUAGGAAUCAUACCUAAUAGAGACAUUAUUUCUUAAAAUUUUAGGUCCUUUGCCUUAGGCCAUUUGGACUCCAGUUAUUUUAGCAUAGAACACGUUUCAGUCUUGAUAAGAGUAAGAUAUCUUCCUUUUUUGUUGUUUUUGGUAAUUUGUGUGUGCAUGUGUGGACACACGCACCCCUAGUGUAAGAAAUAUUCAGCUGGUCAUUUUUGUAGGGGAUAACCUUUAUACCACUUCUUUCAUAGUUAAUAUAGUGCCUGCAACAAACUCUUCACACACCAAGCCUUUGUAUAGCCUUGCCUUCAUGAGUAGUAUUUUUUGGCAAAAGCAGAGGACCUGUCUGAACUUCCUCUGGGUAUAUGAGGACACUGUGCCAAAGCUGAGAGCCACACUUGUUGCCCACUAUUAGUUAUUUUGCCAGAUGUUUGGGUUAUGCGCACCACAGGAAAGAGACCUCGCAGACAGGGCUGUCUGAAAGUAUCUUGCUGCUCCCAAGUUGGUCCUGGGCAGCAUGAUUUAGGUAGACAAUAGGCAAGGUUAUAUACCUCCUCUUAUGCCUCUGACAUCCAGUGUCAGCAGUGCUGGAACAUGCCUUUAGCCUAAGCAGUAGUAAGACAACAAGACUGAGAGGCAGCAACACCUCUUGCCUCCUUGUGCCCUAUCACCUACCCCUGCCAGCUACUUCACACACUCAUACAGUACUGUACACUGUACUAUGGAAAAAUAGUAAUGUGUUAAUUUUUACCAUUUAAACCUAGAGGGUAACAUACAUACAAAUGCUGGGAUGAGCAAUUUUAACAAUGAAAGGAUUAAACUGAUUUCCUUCACAAGGCUGUGGUGAGAUGGAAUUUGUGGUGAUGUGUUACAAAAUCUGCAAGUAUUAAAGGUAAUCUGAAUAAA